AUGCCAUGGCACUUUCUCAGUUUCGUCCUCACUCAUUGUCUUUUAGGAUCAGUUGGUGGACACAGUCGUUGUACAACAGAUCUUUGGAUUGUCAUUGCCUCUCUGUGCUCAUAUCACAAAUACAUCAAGGGAAAUACUUCAUCUCCCAAAAGGAAAAGGAAGUACUCAGAUCAUGCUUCCAAGAAGUCAGCAAGGAAGAAGAAGCGAUCAAAGCUAGAUCAACCGCCUUCUAUCCCAUAUCCACACGUAUCUGAAGAUAAUAUUGGAGCAGAUUUAGAUGCGCCCACAUCUCCUCCUAAGCUGUCGUAUCUAGAAGGUCCAAGCAAUCAUGUCUCCUUGGUUGAUUAUGAUUCAAAUGAGGAUCAUGACCAAGACGGUGAAAAGCAAUCUGAACUUGAAGAUCUCACUAAAAGCUCUCCACUACAAGAUAAUCAAGAUGAUGACACUUCUAUGCAGACGGUAGACAUACCUUCUAGUGAAGGAGUGAUAGUUGACGAUGAACCAAAUGACAUGUCAAUCGUCUUACGCUCAACGCAUCUACCAAGACAUUUAGCAUUGAUCUUGAUGAUUAAUCUACCUUACCUAAAAAAGAUUCCAAAGACAAGGAUGAUACUCAAUAAGUAA